AUGUGGUCGUUGGCUCAGAUGAAGUCAAGUGCUGGUGAGUUAAAACUUAAUAGUGCAGCCCAUCUCAGUAUCUCAGUUAGAAGACAAGCACGCCACGUCAUGAAAGCGUAAUUCUAGUCGAGAUGCAUAUGACUAUGUCAAAGUUAAGGAUAAACAUGAUAUAAAAGAGGAGCUGGCGCGUAAUGAAGGAAUCGAACGCAAGCUAGCGCUAUUUUUCCGAUUUCCGUGAUAUCCUAUGUUCCACCAGUCUCGCCGUAUGGCUAGUAAAUUUUCCGCCGGAUAUAGUGGCCCGCAUGCCAUAAAUACAGGCAGCGUAUUUUACUCACAAAAAAGUUUGUCUGAUUUUCAUCGGAAAUAUACUUAGGCGGAAGCUAGAUAAGCCAGGUCUCAAGGGCGGAUGGUUUAUGAUUGGUUACCAAAUGUGGUAUACAGGCUGAUAUAACCGAGGCAAUGUUAUGCAAAUCAAAAAGCGCUAUCUGUGGUCAGUUCAAAUUUGAUGUUUAUCUUAUUAUGAUAUAGCUUUAAUUCGUUAAAGGGAAAUCUAAUAAGUGCAUCGGAUCGAACCGCGUGACCUUGCUCUCGCACUCGUGCAAGUGAUUUGCUUGAAUGCAUACCCCUCUGAAACAUGAUUUUUAACGAGGGGGUUGGGAGGGGACACACCAGAGUCCUCUUAUAUUUCGGUGGUGAAUGAUGGGAAUCAAGUCUUGUAAUGUCUUCACAAAUUGUUUAGCAAGUAUUGUGGUUAGCGAAAUUAUUUGCCCUUCAACAAGUACCCAGCUAUGCAAUAUCAAGAAUCGGUCAUGGGCAGAAAGGACACUGCCGAAAUUGUAAAUGUUCGAAGAAAGAGAAGCGUCGAGAGUUAAUGUCGUAAACCGGAGGAGAAUGUUUUGCCUCUGCUAUGACGUCUAGUCUCGGAUAAGGAGGAUAAAUCGUAGAUUCUGUGCAUGUCUCUUGCAUCUUCUCUGUACUGGUCAGCAGGGGACGUUAUAGAGUCUAUAAUCUUGUUGCAAAGAGAGUGGCACGCAGCUCCUGGAGUUGCGGCCAGGCCUUGUUAUUGUGAAUAUAAGCGCCCAUUUGAAACAGUUUUAAGCUGUACUGGGCCGAGUGGGCCACCUAUCUAAAUAUCGAAAAUAGAUCAAUGAAUAGAUAAAGUGAAGUUUUCAAGAUUCACAAACCAUAGGAAACGAAGUCAUCAAGGGCAGACGACGGUUAGACGUCCCAAAAUGCCUUUUGAAGGGCUCACUGGCACACGAGGUCCGGUGCUCUUCAACAUGACAUAACCAACUUGGCCCAGCUUUUCAGUAAUUUGUAGCCUUAUUUAAUUACCUCUCAACAAAACCAUCCCUUCAUUUUUCUUCUAUAAAUUUUCCCAACCUCUUCUCUGUUUUUCAAUCAAUUAACACUCGAGACCACCACGCUUCCUUUUGAUAAAGAUCAUGCAAUUCCGGCUCUAAAUUUGCGGAUAAUUUUUCCACCCUUGGAGCAAAUAUUGACUCAUUAUAUGAUGACAGAGACUCUUUAAAAUUACAUUCCGGUUGCUUCAAUACUCACAGACAUUUCCGCGGUUUGAGAGCCUAUCACUUUUCACCAUCUGGCUAGAAUUCGCUCUAGUGCUCUCAGAAAGGAUCAUGACAUGAGGCAUACACACCCUGGCGAAAAUUCACCGCAACAGAAUCAGAGAUACUUAUUUGAAAAGAAAGAAUUAUGUCUCUAAUGGUUUCUGCUGUUAACGUAUGAGGCUAGUUAGAAAUGAAUCUCCAGAAUUUCCUUCCUGUAGGCAACCAUAGGCAGGACAUAAAAACGCACUAUCAGAAGAUGGAAUUGUCCAAGUGAAAUGCACAAAGAACGCCCUCUUUUACCCAAAAGAUAUUCAAACGACCAAGGUUAUCUCAAGAGAAUCGACCCCGGUACAACUUCUUCACAGAGCUACUGACGCAAGGUCAGCCACCUUUGUCUCGAAUGCGCAAACAUUCCGGGCAGUGUUUGUGAUAAGGCUUCUUGGCCUCAAUCUUGUCUCCUGGGUCGGUCUCUUCUGGUAGAGUGGCGAGUACUGUGAUCUCGGUGCUGCUAGUACAGGAUUGAUCAAACUCCGGUUAGGUACUCGAAAUAAAUGUUCUUUUUCAACCCUUAAAGUAAAGGACCUAAUUGAUUGAAUUACCCCAGCGCGUUAGGCGGAUUGGCGAAAGGUGUCAGUGUUCGAGUGCUUCCUGUCUAAAUUAAUCUGUUUUGUUUUGAUGAAGAUACAAAUUAUUUCGCGGAAUACAAUUAAGAAUAACGAACAAUUUCAAAUUAAGAUAAUUAGAACUAAUUUCAUAGAACCCUUCCACGUCUUUUUAGAAUCAGUCUGAUGGUGAUCUCGUUACACCUAAUGUAAUUUCUGGGUCAAAGUUGGGUAUGCAACGGUCAGAGCUGAACACAAAGAUGCUUUAGCUUUUAGCUUGGAAGAAUAUAAAGCAACUUAAAAACACUCUUUUUUCUUUUAAAAUCAAAAGGAAAAAAAAAGGUCCGUCUGGAAUACCCUAAAAAUGACAAAGGUUUGGGAAAGAAAGGUAGCUUAGCUAACCCCAGUCUUCUCUCAUUUUAGCGAGAAGCGGAAAGUCCACAAUGCACCACGAUUCUCCAUGGUCCUGUUCACCGCGUAAAACAAACACAAUUCUGUUGUCAAACUGAUUUCUAAUCGCCAAUCCUUGGAUUACAGCUUUGCCAUAACCGUGUGUUCAACAUCAGAUCAAUGGUAGGUUAUUUCAAUUCUUCAGCUUCAUCAACCCUCGCCCCCCUGUGAUUUUCUUUCGAGGACAAAAUUUGCAAACAAACGCUUGUUUGAUGUGAUAUUGCACGAGUCUUGUGUGAUCGUUUACGAUCGUUAGGAGUGUAAACACCGGGAAUUACAAAAUUUGAACCAGAAAAGACUUUGUAUAAACUUCAUGUUAAGACACUGAUCCGUUGCAAAGCCUUGCGCGUCGUUAUAGUUUUACAUCGUCUGGAGACUCCAUAACUUAACUUUCACAUCGUGAAAUGCUCCGUUUGAAAUGGAAUUCUUGUGUUGCUGCCUAGAAUAAGACGCGACGGUUAAACUUCUGUCUUGAAUUUGUGUUUACUUUUAUGCUUUUCGUCUUAUGAAACUGGAAAGCUAUUACCAGUCUUUUUCUCAAGGGAAUGAUCAAUGGCGAUUUUCCUGUCGUAAGUUGCAAGCUUGCCAGAUUGUGUUCAUGUACUGUGGUUUACCCCCAUUAAGUUAAAUUUCUGGAUCGUGUUGCAUCGAACAUUUUCAAUUCUUGUUUUAGCCUCAUGUAAGUUUACUUGAGAACCUUCAACAGUCCUAUGUUGCAAUUUUUAUUCCGUUUAGUACUAAAAUUCCACUAUCUGAGUAUUUUUUUCGCAACGGGCAGUCUUACAUCCAGGGGCUGGCUGCUUUAUUGUACAUUGUUCAUGAUCUUGUUUUAAAACGUGAUCAUUCAUCCUCAGAUCACUUACGUUAAGUUUUUUCCAGUUAGGAGUUGGGUUAUACAUCCUGGAUAUGUUUAAGUUUACAGUGAUAAUAUAUAAGUAGAACCUCUCUUUGGUGCAAAAAUUAUGUAUGGUUAUUUGUCCAUGAACAUUAUCUGUGUCAAGAUAUAAACAGUUUACCAAGAGCAAAGCUUGAAGAAAGCUAUGAGCUUUGAGGAACAAAUAAUGUCCAAGGACAAAUGUUUGUACAUAUUUUCAGGCAAAACAGAGGCUAUUGUGUUUAUUAUCCUUCAAAUGUUUUGAAGGUAUGUUUAUGAACAGCUUACUGUAUGCAGUGUUUGAUGUUUUCUUUUGUGUGUUUUCUGGUAUGACUCAAUAAACAGAAAAAGAUUUCCCUUCUUCUGUAACAACCAUAAAACCCUCAAAGAGCUAUCCUAGUGGACAUGCAUGUAAGGUUUGAAAAUUGGAGAAUAUCACUAGGGUGAUUUGCUCAGAUAUCACCCAGUGUUAGCUGGGGGAUAUUUGUUCACAUGCUGUGUUUAGACCAAUCGCACAGGAGCAAAAAUAUUUGAUGGAUCAUAAAAAGUUGUAUACAGUUAUGAGAAAACAGCAGUCAGACAUCAGGCACAUGCAAAGGAAUCAUUUUUGGCUCCCUGCAUGCCAACCUCAAGUGCUACAUUUAAAAAAAAAUACAUGACAAAUGACUGCUGUUUAGGGAAAUAUGUGAAAAAUGAUUGAAAUAUUCAUAGAAAUCUUGAUAAAGAAAACUGAGCACUUUCCAAACACAAAGCUUAUUCAAGUACAGGUAUCCUGUUGAUUACCAUUCUGUUUUGAGCUUAACCAAAAAAGUUACAUUUUACUAAAACAAUGUCAACUAAUGGCUUGAGUGGUUGGUUGUUUGUUACUUGUGAAAGAGAACUUGAUCCUGACAGCCUAAAAGCAUGCUAUCACCAGGUAGUCAUAGCUAUGUUCACUCUUGCUCAGAACAUUUGAUUGCUCUGUUGGUGAUGAGAACUUUCCAUAUACAGGGUGUAUGUGUAUGUACCUGGAUGAAUAGGCUUAAUAACUUUCUUUUCAUUCUACAGGCAGCAUCAUACAGAAAAGGGGCUCUCUCGACAGGGCAGAGGAAGAAAACAGGUUGGUUUGAACCUUAUAAGAAAUUUUAUGUAUUACUAAAUGAAUUUUGCCUGUAGCCAACAGACAACAAAGCCACCCAAUUACGAAAAAAAAAGAUUGUGAGGGGUAUUUAUAUUCAGGGCGUGAAAUUAAUUUUUUUACUAGUAGCCACUUGGCUCCUAAAUUUUUCAAAGUGGUAGUCAAUUAAAAAAAAGUUAGUCACCAUUUUUAAAGACAAAUAAAACCCUUUUUUCACGCUGUUAGCAUUCUAGAUAGACCCUCCAAAAUUAAGUUAGGAAAAAGAUCUUUAACAUGCUACAAAUUGGACACUAGGAUGUUCAAUUUAAUUCACUUUAUCUCUAAGUAAGGUUAUGAUGAAGCAUUCUAGUCGCCAAUUUGGCGACUAAUUUUCAGGAUUUGGUCGCCAAAGUGAAAAAUUUAGUCGCAUUGGCGCCUAUAUUGGGCACAACUUCACGCCCUGAUACUUAUAACUUACCCAUUGAUUUUUGCAUGACUAUUGGCUAUUUUACAUCAUGAGGGGCAAAAUUACUGGGCAGUUAUCACAUGAUAACCCCUGUCGUUGCUGAUAUAUGUCCUCUGAUAAUUUCUGUGGAUAAGAAACAAAGCCAGCCAAACCAUCCUUCACCUUUAUACUUGUUGGUUUCUAUCAGAAAUAUCACUUGCUCCUAGCUCUUAAUCGUUCAAUUUUUUCCUGUGUAAAUACCAUAUGGACAGACUUUCCAUGAAGUAUUUGGUAUACACUUAUUUUCCCUAAUAUCAACUGAAGAUAAUCUGGUUUUAUUAAUUGAGAUGACAUCAUGAAUUGGCCACCAUAAAGAGUUUCUAAAGCUGAUUUUUCAAGCAUUAGCCCUUCGUCAGUUGAUUGAUUGCUAAAUAAAUGUGCCUGUUUAAUUCAGGUCCAAAGCCAGAAUUAACAGAAGAGCAGAAACAAGAGAUUAGAGAAGCAUUUGAUUUGUUUGACACUGAUGGAUCUGGGACGAUUGAUGCAAAAGAGCUGAAGGUAAACGGUAUUUAGUGUUUCUACAGAAAAGUUCUGCUAGAACCUAUAGUAUGUUCUUGGGUCUUGUUCCAAUUUUUUAACAUAUUACUUUAAAUUGCUUAAAACAGAACAAAACUAACCAAACUAGUUUAAAAGGAAGCAAUUGCUUUUAAACACUCAGAUACUGCAAGUGUUUGUUUUUUGAUUUGUAAUGUUGUUGUAGGUUGCCAUGAGAGCACUGGGUUUUGAACCAAAAAAAGAGGAAAUCAAGAAAAUGAUAUCCGACAUUGACAAAGAUGGAUCAGGUAUGAUAACAAUUUAAAACAUUCUCAUUACUGACAUAAUAACUUACUGUUUAACUUACAGGUAUGUUGCAGGUGUGUAUUGUAAUGGUUCCUAAAGACUUAACAAUUAAUAUUAGCUUUAACAUACGGCGAUAGUUUCAAAAUGAGUUUCCUCAAUUUUCACAUGUGCUGGUGCCAUUUAUAUCCUUGAGUCUUAAGCUGAACAAGCUCUACCUGAAGCUAUACUAAAAUGAUCUUUUUCAUUCUCUUUCUUUAGGAACUAUUGAUUUUAAUGAGUUUCUCCAAAUGAUGACAGCAAAAAUGGUGAGCUUAACACACAUUACUUUUUGAACAACAUUUAAAAAGAGUAAACCAUGGACAGUGAGUUUUUGUUUCCCUCUCUUUAUUUUGUGCUGCUGCAUAUUCUGUGAAAGACGGAAGAUUUUUUUUUCAUAUGGACUGUACAUUGAUGAAUACUGACUUUGUCAACAUUAUCAAUGAUACUACAUACAAUUUUUUUUCAUACCAGAUGCAAGUGCUGUAACUGUACAGUAUUGUAACCUUUACAAUACUGUAAAUUUUUUUCUUUGUUGCCGAUUUUUGUUAUUUCCUUUCAGAGUGAAAAAGAUUCUAAAGAAGAAAUUCUUAAAGCAUUCAAACUCUUUGAUGACGAUAACACGGUAAGCAUAAAACACUUACAUACUGUAUAAAUAUGUUGGAUACAAAGUAUCCUUGGAGAUAUCAGGAGUUUGAAAGACUUCCAGUAGGGUUGGGGUCUCCUUCAAAAUAAAAAGGGGUACAUUGUCAGGCUAAGUUUUUUAGCUAUCCAGGUCUUAGAUGUUUUGUAUUUUGUAUAGCAUAUGCUGAAUUUGACCAAAUCUAAGAGAACUUUCUUAGCAUUUUUUUUUUUUUUUUUUUUUUUUAACAGGGAAAAAUUUCAUUUAAAACCUUAAAAGAGUUGCUAAAGAACUUGGUGAAAAUUUAA